CUUUCUGGAAUCCGCUACCUACCGCCUUCUAGUCUGUUUCCAUUUGACUACCGCAAGCAGUCAGUUUUGUCAUCUCCCUAGCAGCGCUUUAGGGUUGACCGUCGGCUGGAUGUUCCUCGGUCGUAGCUGGGAGCAACCUUCUCACCAUCCCUCGAAGCGAUGACGAAUAGAGUUCUGUGCAAGUACUUCGUUAAUGGAGCAUGCAGUAGAGGGGACAGCUGUCCCUUCUCCCACGACUGGAAGGACAAACCCAACAUGGCGUGCGUCUUCUACCAGCGUGGCGUGUGCUCCUUCGGCGACCGCUGCCGUUACGACCAUGUCAAGCUCAAACCCUCCUCCUCCUCUGCUGUCCCCACUCCACCGCCCUCUUCUGCUGCUCCCACCCGAUCCUCCGCUGUCAGUAGCAGCGCCAGCAGCCGUGGCAGUGGCAGCGUAGCCAGCAGCACUAACGGCACUAGCAGGGUAGGCAGUGGAGAUGUGAGUAACAGCAGCAGCAGCAGCAGCAGUGCCAGCGGCGGCAGCAGCAGCAGGGGCAGCAGCAGUAGUAGGGGUGCUGCUGCGAACGGUGCUUCUCAGACUGGUGUAGCUCGCAGUAACGCUGUAACACCCAGCACUGCCACAGCAACUACCGUGUGGCCUGCCCUAAAACCCCAAACCUCGGCCGUCUCUGCUACUCCCAUAUCCUCAUCUGUAGCUAGAGAGUCCUCUUAUCCAGCCAGUAUACCACAGCCGUUCACUCCUCCUGCCACCACGCCCCUUCACCAGUCCCCCAUCCCACUCCGUGCCGCCUCCUCUCCCUUUCCUGCUCCCUCCCUCACCUCCUCUCUCUCCUCAACCCCCUCCCGCCCCUCCUCUCUCUCCUCUGCAGCUGCAACACCCCUCUCCUCCUCAAAUCCACUCCCUUCCACCACCCCCACCCCCACCCCCACCCCCACCUCCACUCCCUCCUCCUCUACCUCCCUCUCUGUCUCUGCCUCUCCCUUUCUCCCCUCCGCCUCUGCCGCCCCCUUCAUUCCUUCGAGCCAAUCAAUGGGCUCCACGUCAGCAGGCAUGAAUUCAGCAGCCUCCUCUGUACCUUCCUCUAGGUUAACUCCCACCGCAUCUGUUUUCUACCCGCCUGCUGCUCCUGCUGCUUCUGCUGCAGUAACAGCUGCCACUGCCACCCGUAACCGUUCCGGUCUCUACACCCCAGCCCAAUACUAUGCAGAGCACGCAAAUGGGCCUAUACCCCCUACAGACGGACUCAUUUCCGGUAACAGCUACGCCCAACCCUAUUCUGCCACGCACUACGUCCAGUACUCCCCUGCGCCGUCCCCCAAAGCGAAUCUCGAACGAGAUCCAUCAGCGAGCUCAUUGGACGGCCCAGAUUGGCUGCCGAGAUCAGCAAGCGAUCUGUUUGACGAGGGUCUGCCUGUAAUGCGUAUGAGCAGCAGUGGGGGGGCGAGCCAGAGAGGGAGUGUGGCUGUAGGGGGGUAUAUUGAGAGAGAAAAGGCUGGGGUAGAUGGGGCAGGAGCAGAGGGGGCAGGGGUAGGGACAGCAGAAGGGGCGUUUUCUCAAGAGGGGCGGGCUGUGCUUAGCUCUGCUGCUCUUGCAGAGAGGCAUAGUCACAUGGCUCCUGCUGACGUGGCAGGAGACUGGCCGUACAACGCUGACGUGGCGGUGGGGAGUCUAGUCCUGGACGCGUGGCCCGAGGGCGGCGAGUUUGCGAGUGAAGCUGAGUUUGAAGACUUCGUGCGGGAAGCAAGCGAUUUUUCCGCCCAGGCUGCUGCGCUCAGAAUAGGGUUAAUUACCCUCAUGGACGAAGACAAUGCACCUGACGCUUCGCCGGCUGCUGCGGCUACUUCAGCAGCUACUGCUGCUUCGGCUUCUUUUGUUACAUCAGUUACCGCACCUGAUGUUCGGUCUGCUGAGGGGUCUGUGGGAUUUGCGGAGAGAUCUUCAGUGGCAGCUGCAUCAGCUGCUGCUGCUGCUGCUGGGAUUGGGCGGUCCCAGUUCUCAGCCCAAGCAGCUGCUGCUGGGGCUGGUGCGUCUGGGUUCAGCGCAUCUGUGCUCCCUGCUGCUCCUGGUCCUGCUGCUGCUGCUGGUGGCAGCAGCAGCAUUGAAGGCUACGGUGACUACGGUAGUGGCUAUGGUGGUUACAGUGCGAAUGGUGGCGCUGGGAGCAGGAGCAGCAGCAAUGGCUAUGGUGGCCCCAUCUCUGGCUCAUCGUCUGUCUCCAUCCCUUCCAACUUGGCUGACAAGCCCCUCUGCACCCUGCCUCGAGCAGACAGCACUGCCGGCGCCUGCUGUGCCCGCGGCCCCACCUGCCCCUUUCCCCACGGCGACCUAUGCCCCCACUGCGGCCGCUACUGCCUGCACCCUGCUCGUCCCACGGAGCGGGAGGAGCACAUGCGCGAGUGUGCGCGGUUGCAGCGCAAGGUGCAGGCGCUGAAGCUAAGCUCCGAGAUCGAGUGCAGCGUGUGCCUCGAACGCGUGCUGGGGAAGGCCCGGCCGGCCGAUCGCAAGUUUGGGAUCCUCUCGCACUGCGACCACCCGUUCUGUGUUGGUUGCAUCCGCAACUGGAGGGCAGCAGGGCAGGACAGCGGGGAGUCUGUACCCCUAGACCUUGACAAUGCCAUAAGAGCAUGCCCCGUGUGCCGCGUGCGCUCGCACUUCGUCACUCCCAGUGUGGUCUGGUUCUUUAGCGCGGACGAGAAGCAGGAUAUAAUCGAAGGGUACAAGAGGAAGCUCAAAAACACCGACUGUCGGUACUUCAACUAUGGCAACGGCCAGUGCCCCUUUGGAACCAGCUGCUUCUACAAGCACGCAUAUCGAGACGGCCGGUUGGAGGAGAUGAAAUUGCGGCACCUGUCAUCUGCUGAUGGAAGCGCCGUCAUUUCAAGAGACAUCAGGUUAUCUGAUUUCUUAGGUAAUGUUGGCCAAAGACGAUGAAGCCUUCUAAAAGGAGUAUAGAAUUACACGUGGUAAUCCAUUUGAUCAUUUUAGCCAUGUGAACAACAAUACGGAAAUAUUAUCCCAACGAUUCAUCGUCAAACUUGGUGGUCUUUUAUCCCCGGUAUUGA